AUGACUCGCUGGAGCCAUGAGUUGUCUUUUUAUAGUUACACCUUAACUUAUAAACCUGGUGCUUCCCAUUACAUGCCUGACCUCUUGAGCAGAAAGAUUUCCCCCAUUGAUGAAAUCUUGAACCCACAGACCGUUGCCGCCGCUCAGCAAGAAGACCCUCUUUGGAAUGAAGUUCGUGAUUAUUUGCAAGAACGCCGGAUGCCUAGGCAAAGGAUCCCGCUGAAUCUCGAGGAAUUUGAACUAAGAGUGAUCUCUAUACCAUCUGAGAGUCCUCCCUGGAGAGAAUCUUCAGAAACCUACUGUCGCCUCAGGGAUCACUAUUACUUUCCUCAAAUGUUGGCCGAGACGAAGAGAUAUGUCAACUCUUGUCUUAUCUGUCAACGGAGAAAAGGCCGUGCAGGAAGAAGGGCCCCUUACUGCCAUGCCAGAAGUUACACAUCCCAUGGAGAGAGUAUCGGUGAUCUUAUAGAUUUGCUUGGAUCUACCCAUGGCAAUAGGUAUGUUCUGGCAAUUAUAGAUCACUUCACCAGAUAUCUGCAGUUGAUUCCUCUGCCUAAUAAGGAAGCCCAGACAGUUGCUAAUGCUUUUAUCAAGGAGUAUGUUACUCUAUUCGGUCCACCUCGUCUACUAGUUGCAGAUAAUGGAAGAGAAUUUCAUAAUAGGUUAUUUUCUCAGGUGGUGAAAGAUGCUUUGGCAACCUUGAUAGGAGAACAUCCUAAUGAUUGGGACGAGAAAGCUACCGUUUGUAAGACUUGCCCUCAACAGUGCUGUGCACAGGAGCGUGGUCAACAACCCCUUUAUCUGAUGACUGGCAGAGAUGGAUAUUUCCCACGGGGUGUUACGAACGAGAUUGACGGCGACGAGGAGACGGCCCAGGUGCUGAGGGAAAAUCUACGAGAUGCAAGGAUAGCCGCCAAGGAUGCUGCAAGGAAGGCCCAACAGGGAUGGGCCCGAGACUACAAUCGCAGACUGAGGCAGAGAUUCGACCCAGCGGAAGGAGACCUCGUACUGCUACGUAUUUUUCGUCAUGGUGGUCCAGGCGGAGCACUGGGCCCAAGAUGGAGUAAGCCUGCCAGGAUUGUGAAGAAGCUUGGUCCAGUGAAUUUCCUGAUUCGAGAACCUGACCCUCCACACAGCGAGGUGAAUUAUCAUAUUAAUCAAAUGCGUCCUUAUGUGCCCAACAGAGAGAUUGUCUAUCCUGAGUUGGACUCCGAAUCAGAUGUUAGAUGA